UUCCUCCACAUAUGAGGCCGUUCCUGAGUCUAGCUCAAAGUUCAGGUCACGCAGACAGUUUCAGCAGAGCCUCUGUCAGUGUGUUUCCUCUCUGAACUCUGUGUUCACACUGAGCUACAGGAUGAUUCGCUGGGCCCUUCUUGCUCCCAUUCUGCUCCUGUUGGGCCUGUUCAUCCACACUGCUGUCAGUCAAGAUGUAGAGGACCCAGCUGCAGCAGUACCACCAGGCCAGGCCCCUGAUGGCAUGCAGGAGGAGGCCAACGAGGACUGGGGACUAAACUCCCUCAGAAAUGGCUUUGAGUCAGUCGGUGGCUACUUUGACUCAGUGCUGGAGUUCAUGGGUGGACGUGAUGGGGUGUGCCAAUACCGCUGUAGAUAUGGUAAAGCUCCUCUUCCCCGUCCUGGUUUCAAGAUGCCAGAACCCGAUGGAUGUAGCUCUUACUUCUUUGGUCUCCCCGUACCAGAAGGGAUGGACAUGGGCAUCCCUGCCAUGACCAAGUGUUGCAAUCAGCUGGAUAUGUGUUACGACACCUGUGGCUCCAACAAGUACCGCUGCGACUCCAAGUUCCGCUGGUGCCUUCACAGCAUCUGUUCAGACCUCAAGAAGAGCCUUGGCUUUGUGUCAAAAGUUGAAGCAUGUGAAACGGUAGCAGACACCUUGUUCAACACAGUGUGGACUCUAGGCUGCAGACCCUACAUGAACAGCCAGAGAGCAGCGUGCUUCUGUCAAGGAGAGGAGAAAGAUGAACUUUAGAUGACAACAUGAUGACACUCUCCUAUUUAUAUUAGUAUCAACCAGAGCCAGAUAUCAGAUGAUGACCCUCUGAGUUAUGGUAUUGCAAGGACUGCUGUGUGACUACUUGAGUAAUUUAUUUGGAAGUUCCUCUUCUGGUUUUGUUCAAAGUCAUUAUUUUACUUUGCAAACAAAAUUUGGAUGUUAAAUUAAGUGUUCAAAGUUGAACUGUGCACUGUGUUGCAAACCAAAAUAUUUGUUUGUUUGUAAAAGAGCUUCAGUGCUCUCUGGUGUUAGUAUUAGCACCAAUGCAGCUGGUGCCAAGGCAUGUAAUUUUGGAAAAGGAAAAAUAUCUGGUGUGAACUUUGCAAUUCAUACCGAGUGUGUUAUGUCAUACUUAAGAUAAUCUACUGUAUGAAUAAAUGUUAUUGACACACAU